AGGCUUCCCUACUUCUCAGAAUAACGUUUACGUCAUUUACUUUAUUUUCUUCCACAUAUUAUACAUUUUGCAUGAAGGAGAGGAUCACCGUAGCAAAUUUCAUUCUGACCUUCUACACCCACCUCCCCGAUACAGUCUUUUCGCUUCGAUAACUUGGAUAACUAGACAAGAAGAUGCAGCCCACUUCAGAUGUCAACCAACGCGUCGCAAGAAUCUCUGCGCAUCUCCAUCCUCCUAGUUUCCAGAUGGGGGAGACUUCGGGCUUGAGAGCAGCGAAUUGCCGGGGGAAAGGUGGGAAACACGGAUUCAAGGUGGCCAUUUUGGGUGCUGCGGGGGGCAUUGGGCAGCCUCUAGCGCUGUUGAUGAAGAUUAAUCCAUUGGUUUCUGUUCUUCAUCUCUAUGAUGUUGUCAACACUCCUGGUGUUGCGGCUGAUAUCAGUCACAUGGACACUGGUGCUGUGGUGCGUGGGUUUUUGGGGCCACAGCAGCUGGACAAUGCCCUUUCUGGCAUGGACCUAGUUAUCAUCCCUGCCGGAGUGCCCCGCAAACCAGGAAUGACAAGGGAUGAUCUGUUCAAAAUCAAUGCUGGAAUCGUUAAGACAAUUUGUGAAGGAAUUGCUAGAUGCUGCCCAAAUGCUAUUGUCAACUUGAUCAGUAAUCCUGUUAACUCUACAGUACCAAUUGCGGCAGAAGUUUUCAAGCAAGCAGGCACUUUUGACCCAAAGCGACUCUUGGGUGUCACAAUGCUUGACGUUGUUAGAGCUAAUACUUUUGUGGCAGAAGUUCUAGGUCUUGAUCCUAGAGAAGUUGAUGUUCCAGUUGUUGGGGGUCACUCCGGAGUUACAAUUUUACCUCUUCUAUCUCAGGUUAAGCCUCCCAGCUCUUUCACCCCAAAAGAGAUUGACUCUCUGACAGAUCGCAUUCAAAAUGGUGGAACAGAAGUUGUUGAGGCAAAAGCCGGAACUGGUUCUGCAACACUAUCAAUGGCGUAUGCUGCCGUAAAAUUUGCAGAUGCAUGCCUUAGGGGCUUGAGAGGAGAUUUGGGUGUUGUCGAAUGUGCCUUUGUGGCUUCUUCGGUGACGGAGCUUCCUUUCUUUGCAUCCAAGGUAAGGCUUGGCCGUACUGGAGUUGAGGAAAUAUAUCCUCUUGGCCCUCUGAAUGAGUACGAGAGUGCUGGCUUGGAGAAGGCAAAGAAGGAGUUGUCAGCAAGCAUUCAGAAGGGAGUUUCUUUCAUCAGAAAAUGAACAGAGGCGCCAUUAAUCUGGUUUUCUUGGAUACACAUUCCUUGUCUUAUGGAUCAUAACCUGUUUCUUCUAACCAUACCAGAUGGAAGUUGGUGUCAUUACCUGUUGCUAGUAUCAAGCGAUAAAGAAGUUUCGAUCAUGUGCAGUUGCUUGUUUGGGGCUCAGAUGAAAUUCCUGUAACAAAGAUGAACUGGGUAUCUGUAAAGGAGUACUGGUUUUUUUUUGUAAACUACAAUAUUAAUCUGAGUCCAAAGUCUAAUACAACCUACGUGAUUUAUCCC